GAGGAAGAGGGUUUCGGCCGAAGGUGACGCUGAGGCGACGGAGGUGCGGAGAGCAGAGUGGGCCGUGAGUGAGAGCGAGCCACGGCAGCACCUUAGGCGCUCUCCCCCACGUCUCUGCGGUGAAUGGCGGCGGGAUGGAGCACGAGGGGAGCGGCGACAGCGGGGGGUCGGCCGGGCUCCUGCAGCAGAUCCUCAGCCUGAAGCUCGUGCCGCGCGUGGGCAACGGGACCUUGUGCCCUAACUCCACUUCUCUCUGCUCCUUCCCAGAGAUGUGGUAUGGUGUGUUCCUGUGGGCACUGGUGUCCUCUCUCUUCUUUCAUGUCCCUGCUGGAUUACUGGCCCUCUUCACCCUCAGACAUCACAAAUAUGGUAGGUUCAUGUCUGUAAGCAUCCUGUUGAUGGGCAUCGUGGGACCAAUUACUGCUGGAAUCUUGACAAGUGCAGCAAUUGCUGGAGUGUACCGAGCAGCAGGAAAGGAAAUGAUUCCAUUUGAAGCCCUCACCUUGGGCACUGGACAGACGUUUUGUGUAGUGGUGGUCUCCUUUUUACGGAUUUUAGCUACUCUAUAGCACAUACCCUUGUGCUAUGAUGGCGAACCUAAGUUUCAUAGAAUCCUCAAAAAGAAUACAGUAUGGAAUGUGUUUUCUUAGUUCUUCAAACGGGAAGCAACUUGGAUGAAAAGGUAUAUGAAGAACAUUUCAGUCCUUUCUUCAAUUUGAAGCUCCAGGAAUUAAAGAUCUCUUUGGACUCAUUGUUCUCAACGAAAACAAAUCAAGUUUCUUUUCUUUCUUUCUGAUGAAGGUUGGCAUCCUUCACACUGAAAUUUAUAAUGUUCUGUGAGAAAAUGCAACGUUGCAUAUUUCAGAGAAACUAUGGAUCAUAUUAGUUUAUUUCUGAGCAGAGUAUACUUUACUAAAAUCUAACUUGAUCUAAUCUUGAUUAAAAUUUGGCAGACUCAUCUCUUGCUACAUCUUCAUGACAGUAAGUGCCAAGUAGGUUUUGGUUGAAUAUAGUGUUGUGAACAAAUUUGGUGAAAUUUGUUGCACACAAAAAAAAUCUAUAACUCAAGUAGUGGCUUCGAUUCCACUGUUUAAAGAAAAAGGAGCUAACUACUGAAUGAUGUGACAUUUUUAUGGAUAACUAUCUUGACCUCUGAUUAUUUAAUAUAUUUUAAGAGAUGUGAAUUUGUUUUUUUGUACAUUUUAUCAAAAUAAGCUAGAUAAUUGAGACUUUUUCCCCCAAAGCUCCUGUACUACCUCUUCCUAUAACUUUUAUUCUAUUGCUUUUAUUUAGUUUAAUUGGAAACAUACCCUAUUAAAUAGUUGGGAGUUGAAAAUUUUCACCCAGAUUGUUUAGGACACUCUUUGAACAUUGAGGCACACGCACAAAAAGAUACUUUAAACGUUCUGUUACUGUUUUUCUUAGUGACUUUGGUUUACUCAUGGCUCUUGAAAAAUUGUAUAAGUGCAGCUUAAACUAGAGUUAGUGGUUAUGGAUUUCCUAGUCUUAAUGUGGUUACCUAGUGGUGGGUCUUGAGCUCACUUUUACAGUAUUGGGUAUCACUCCCAGAAAGUGCCUAAAGUUUAAUUUUCAGAUAUGCCUUCCACUGUGCCCUUUACAUUUUCCUUCAAGAGAAUUUAUAUCCUUAAAGAGAAUUAAAUAUCAGAGUUUUUUAAAACCCAAUUUUAGCUAUUUUAAUUUUUCUUCUAAUGCCUAACUUACUUUUUCAUUUAAAGGCCUGAAAACUGUAACCUUCAAAAGAAAAAGGAUUGCAAAAAUUAUCUAACUUUAUCCUUACCACCUAAACUGUUCUGUAUGAAAUACAAUCGAUGUUAUCUGUUUUCAAAAUAGUUUCUGGUAAUUUUAUCUGACAUUUUUAAAGGAAGGUUUUCAUUGUGAGUGUAAGGCUAACUGCCCAUGAGGUCGUGUGCAGUUCUAUUUGAUUUAAAGCAAUAUGCACUCUGGCUUCUGAUUAAAAACAGCCAGGAGUACCAAUUUACCAGGGAUAGUCAAAGAGAAAAAUUACAAAGGAUCACAAAAAGUAACUGGACAUUUUCUUUUAACUAAUCGUCCAUUAGACCACUUAUCAAAAUUAUAGUGUUAUAUACACAUAGACUAGGUGGAAAAUUACAGGAGUUGGAAUGUAGGCAAAUGUCUUUACAAAUUCCCCAACAAGAUUACUCUCCAAUGCUCAAAUCUUUCUUUCAAGCAAAUUUUUAAGUCUUUAGUUGAAGACUCCAUUUUUCAGUUCAGUGAGCCGGAUUUGGAAAAGUAGCCCUUCAGUUUAAGAAAUUUGUUGUAGGAAAUUAUUUUAAUGAUCUCUAUUGAAGGAUGCCUCUUAGCAUUCUCACCUAAAACAUUCCUUUGGAUAGAAUUUCACAAAUUGAACGUGGGCCAGUGGUCAGUGGGCUCCUCCCCCUAAAUACUAAUUUUUGAACAUACUGAUCCAUGAUUUAUUUGGUUUAUUUUUCUUUUAGAGCCAAGACACAAAAAUUAAUGCAUUUUGAAAGUUGUCUUUGUUUUCAUCUGUUUCUUGUUUGAUUAUCCACUCUUUUUAAAAACUUCAAAUAUAAAGUGUAUCUUCAAAUUAUUGAAUAUUUCAUCCAUCCCAGUCUGUGAACAUUCUCCUGUGAAUAAAUGUAUAUAGACUUUA